CCCUUUCGCCCCACUGAUCUCAUCUCCUCCUGUUGCGGACGAGGGCCUUGAAGACCGCACUCACCUCAUUGACAAGAUUGCCCCGCGCCCUCGCCAACAGCACCACAAAAUGAAGCUCCUCGGCGUCUCGGUCGUUCUGCUGGCGUGCAUGACCCUGGGCAUCGAAGCUCGCCAUCGCGCCGGGCCUUGGAGCGGCUAUCGGGGUGCCACCCACCAAGUGCAGUCGCAAAUGGAGGCCGAGCAUCUCGCCUACAAAGCCCCUCCGCAGCCCGAUGGCUCUGCCUCCUCGUCCUCUUCCUCGUCAUCGUCCGAAACGCUCAACGACAACGACAUCUAUUACUACUUUGCCCUGCACGACCAGAACCACGACGGCUUUCUCGACGGCCACGAGAUUCGGAACGCACUCACGACCUUUGGUCCGGCCCAGGGCUCAGACCGCAAGUCGAUCGACCAGAUCGAGAGAGAGGUCGACGAAGCGCUUGCACAAGCAGACACCAACAACGACGGGCUGGUCUCGUGGGAUGAAUAUCUUGGCUCACAGCUGCGAGGCUAGGCGACGGCGUCGCUGUGCGCGCUGGUCCUGCCCUGUUCGAGAGAUGGGUCUGCUGAUAGGCAAUAUAGUUCCUGGGCCUCUGCCACCCCGCCCCGCUA